AUACCGCAGUAGUGAUUACUAAUAGAAGAACGAUAGCGAGAUAGAAAUUGGCGUAACUUUGACAACGACAUGACCAUUUAGGGAAAGCUCGAAGCUGUCAAGAAGUUAGCGUUCGCGGUCAUUCGACAACGUACUGGUGCUUUUGCUCUCAGUCAUUUCUCUAGUGCAACGGACAAGUUCGACUAAUAAGAGAUGGCUUUGACCGGCUGUUAUGCAUUCAUGAAACACGUAGUCACCCUGCUUAACGUUUUCUAUUUGUCAUGUGGCCUUUUAUUAAUGUUACUUGCAAUAUGGAUGUGGGUUGAUCCUAUGUUUUCCAUAAGUAUGGCUCAAGAUGAAGCAAGCUACUAUACCGGUGUAUAUUUAAUUCUGUUUGUUGGAGUAUUACUUCUGAUUGUCGGCUUUCUUGGUUGUGCUGCUGCUAUUAGUGAAUCUCAAUUUUCACUUGUUCUUUAUUUCUGUCUAUUACUAACUGUUCUUGUGGCUCAAAUAUCAGCUGCUGUUUGGAUUUAUGCAAAUAAUGAUAAGUUAGAAGAUUUACUUCGCUACACUGUUAAAACAACUGUUCAAUCAGAAUAUAGCGUGAUUGAAAGUCGAACUGAAACAUUUGAUGCAAUACAAAGUGGUUUAGAAUGUUGUGGUGCAUCUGGUCCAUCUGAUUGGGCUGGAAGUAAAUAUAAUAACCCACAGACUGAAAGUUUAGGACUUGCUCUAAGUUCUCCAGAACAAUCAUAUAAAAUUCCUGCCUCAUGUUGUAGAGGUGAUAAAUGUUCAUCUGCACAAACUGCUGUGGCUUCUGGACCAAUACCUGAAUUUAUUUAUUCUGAGGGAUGCACUGAGAAAAUAUUGUAUACAUCACGAAAAAGUAUGAUAAUAUUACUAGUCAUAUUGGUUGCAAUUGGUUCAGUUGAGUUCUUUGGUUUAGUGUUGGCAUUAAUAUUAUGUUGUGCUAUACGAGCUGUCAAUACAUAUAAAAACUAAAACUAAAUGUCAAUUUUUUGUAUAAAAAGAUAAAUCUUACCAAUCAGAUUAAAACAUAUGUGUUACAAGUAUGUAAUUAAUAAGUAAUAUUGAAUCGUCCAUUGAGUCCUUUAUUAUUCAUCUGUUUUUAAUAUUUAUAACGGUUCAAUGACUUAUUUGACAUGUGUUAAAAAUAUAGUACAUUAUGCCUUACUAAAAUAAUUUUUAAUUACUAAAACAUUUUUAUUUGUGUUAUCUUAACAUAUCCACAUUUUUUUUAUGUUCAAAAUUAACGUAGCUUCAUCUAUAUCUUAUACAUUAUGUGGUACUUAUGAUUUAUUUUUUUACUUCUAUUAUUUUUAUUUACAACAAUGAAUAGAGAAAUUA